AAACCACAAACCAACUCUCUAUUUUGUUUACAAUUUUAGCUAUAGUUGUGUUAUUUGUUUAAGCACCAAAAAUGGCAAUGAAUCAAACUGCAGCCAACAUGCAGCAACUGAUGAACAAAAACCAACCCUUGAUGAAUCCAUCCCAAGCCAAUCAGCUGCAACAACUCACAAACAGUAUGCAGCAACUCCUGAAUCCAACCCCAACUCCUAUGCAGCUCCAACUCAACAAUCCCACUCCAACCGCUAUGCAGCAAUUGGCUAGCCCUGCACCACCCCACAUGCAGCAGCUCAUCAAUCCUCCGCAUGACCACAUGAACCAACACGCCAAUCCAAACCCAACUCCAAUGCAGCAACUGAUGAAUCAAAGUUCACCUGCUAAGCAGCAACUGCUCAAACAGAACCCCCUCGGUGCUCGUCAGCUUAUCAAAGGUGACAGGCACUUGUUCUCAAGCUCUGAUGACAAUGCCAUGUCAAAGCAAAUUCAAGCUACUCAUUCUCCUGAUGGACGCCAAUUUGAUGUCAAACCUCUUCUUCAUAUCGUCGAGGAUAUAUUCUAUCAUUCUGCCCCAACAACUGAUUCUCAUGCGCUCCCAACGGCCACACGGAGCGAUGCAUUGGAUGAGAGGACUUACCAUAGCGGCUUCAGCGCGAUGCUUGAAAGUUUGGCAUUUGUGAUAGAUCGAGUAGCUAGCGAGCUAACAUACAAAUGCACGAGUGGUGGAGAUGCACAUUCAACUACCAUGGCAAUACUAAAUAUGCUAUCAAGCUACACAUGGGAUGCCAAGCUGGUUAUAGCACUAGCUGCUUUUGCAAUGAACUAUGGAGAAUUCUGGCUGGUGGCUCAGAACUACACCUCAAACCAGCUUGCUAAAUCUGUGGCAAUCCUGAAACAAUUGCCUGACAUUUUAGAGAAUUCAAGCAUGCUUAAACCGCGAUUUGACUCUGUGAAAAAUCUCAUUACUGUCAUGCUAGCUAUUGCCAAGUGCAUUGUUGAGUUCCAUGAGCUUCCCCAUAUGUACAUUACAACAGACACUUCCGCAUUUUCCACUGCAAUAGCUCAUUUACCGAUUGCUGUCUACUGGACAAUCCGAAGUAUUGUAGCCUGCGCAUCCCAGAUUACUGGCCUUAUUGGCCUGGGACAUGAGCACAUGGUAUCAACUACAGAGGCCUGGGAAUUAUCAAGCCUGGCUCACAAGCUAAGCAACAUUCAUAGCCACCUAGCUAACCAACUUGGACUCUGCUUUAAGCACAUUGAUGAAAGGAAACAAAUGGAAACUUAUCAGAACCUUCUACAUUUGUUUGACAUGGCUCACCUUGACAACAUGAGAGUUCUCAAGGCACUGAUUUAUGCAAAAGAUGAUGUUCAGCCACUUGUUGAAGGAAGCAGCAAGCGGAAGGUUAACAUUGAGGUGCUACGGAGAAAGAAUGUGCUGCUGCUGAUAUCAGACCUUGACAUUACACAAGAAGAGAUUUCAAUCCUUGAACAGAUCUACAACGAGUCGCGGCUGCAGCCUUCAAGGCAGGAAAGCCAAUAUGAGAUUGUGUGGCUCCCAAUUCUUGAUCAUACAGUCCCUUUGAACGACGCUACGCACAAGAAAUUUGAGAUGCUGCAGUCUAGCAUGACUUGGUACUCAGUGUACAGUCCUACUUUGAUCGAUCAGGCAGUGGUUCAGUUCAUUAAGAAAGAGUGGCAUUUCAACAAGAAGCCUAUGCUGGUUGUGCUUGAUCCACAAGGAAGAAUUGCUUGCCCAAAUGCACUUCAUAUGAUGUGGAUUUGGGGUAGCCUAGCCUUCCCUUUUACCACCCUACGAGAGGAAGCUCUCUGGAAAGAAGAGAGUUGGAGACUUGAGCUGUUGGUUGAUGGCAUUGAUCCAACAAUUUUGAACUGGAUGCAAGAAGGAAGAUACAUUUGCCUGUACGGCGGAGAGGACAUGGAAUGGAUUCGAAAAUUCACCAACAACGCUCGAGCAGUAGCACAGGCUGCAGGUAUCCCACUGGGGAUGGUUUAUGUCGGAAAAAGCAACCCGAAAGAGCGAGUCAGAAAGAACAUUGCAACAAUCACAGUCGAGAAACUGAGCCAUUGCUGGCAAGACCUGACAUCAAUUUGGUACUUCUGGGUGCGAAUAGAAAGCAUGUGGCGAUCCAAGAAUCAGCUCGGAAAGGCUUCGGAAAACGAUUCGAUAAUGAAAGAGAUCAUGACACUUCUGAGCUUUGAUAGCAGUGAAGGAGGGUGGGCUAUGUUGAGCAGAGGAGCAGAUGAGAUUGUGAAAGCCAAGGGAAGCAUAUUCUUAACCUCACUUACAGAUUACACUGCUUGGAAAGAUGAGAUUCAGCAGAAGGGCUUUCUGCCUUCUCUCAGAGAUUACCUCAAAGGCCUUCACACUGAGCAUCACUGUAAUAGGCUCAUUCUCCCGGGCGCCGCCGGAAAAAUACCCGAAAGGAUUGUUUGUUCUGAAUGUGGUCGCACUAUGGAAAGGUUCCUCCUCUACAAGUGCUGUGAUGAAUAAGCAGAGCAGAGCAGUCAUCUUAUUACUUGUGCUGCUUCACCACUUGCAGCUUUGUUAUAUGUUGUUGAGUGAAAUUUAGUUAUUUGUAUGUCUAAUGCGUUUGUUUUUAUUGUUGUUUCUUGUCUUCAUCCUAUUCUAUGUAAUUGCUUGCUAUUAUAAUAAAACAUGUUUCAUGUA